CCAGAAACCAAGUCGCGAUGCUCGGGCGACAAUCGACGCCGGGCGCCAAGACGGUCCAGGGCCGCUUCAACCUGCUCCUGCUCGAGGACGGCGAGUACUUUCUCGAUGACUUUAGCGUCUUCCGGUACCCCGAUCCGGUCUUCACGUGCCUCACCUUCCACCACUGCAAGCAGCGCAAGGUGCAAGGCCGCUUGAAGCUCUGCACGCGCAGCCUCAUGUUCGAGCCGCAAGACCCGAUCUUGCCGAUCCUCAAGUUUCCCUUCCGUGACAUGGCGCUCCCGCCGAGCGGCGAGAUCUUUGAGGACGAGACCAAGCAGAUCUACCUCUCGUUCGAGUGCGGGCUUGCUGUCGAGAUGAAGGAGCGCGGGCUCGACCACCCGUAUGUCCCGCGCGUGCUCGCCGACUCGAGCGUCAUGAGCUCCAAGUUCAUCUUCUCGUUCGCGCACUCCAAGGUCCACGACGUGGUCGACGCGAUCGCGCCGCUCUAUGCACUGGCGCACACGAAGAGCAUUCUCAACAAGAUUGACGAGGAGAUGCGUCUCUCGCCGAUCUUGGACCCGCGCCACACGGACGUCUUCGACCCGAGCUUGCUCGCCGACUUUCGCGAACGGCCGCUGCUCAAACGCGGCAAGGUCGUCAACCGCAUUGUCCCGCUGCUCAAGUACCCUGGCACGCUCAUGCUCACGAACCUCCGGGUCUACUUUCAGCCAGCACAAGUCAACAACGUUGGCGACCCCGUCCUUAACUUUGCGUACACCAAAGUGACGGCGUUGCACAAGCGGCGACACAUGCUCAAGCAGUGCGGUCUCGAGGUGCGGCUCGACGACGGCGCGAGCCACCUCUACUCGUUCGAGACGAUGGUCGACCGCGACGAGAUCUACGACCUUCUCCAGCCCAACGUGGCGCACAUUGGCGAUGCGGCCAAGAUCCCCGACAUGCUCGCCAAGUGGCAAGCCGGUGCGGUCUCCAAUUUUGAGUACCUCUCGUUUCUCAACGACCAAGCCGGGCGGACGGUCAACGACCUCACCCAAUACCCGGUCUUUCCGUGGGUCGUCGCCGACUACACGAGCAGCGAGCUCGACUUGACCAAAGCAAGCACGUUUCGCGACCUCUCCAAGCCCGUGGGCGCGCUCAACCCGGACCGCCUGGCAUACUUUCAGCAGCGCUUUGAAGCGAUGCCGUCGGGCAUGGAAGCCGAGGGCCUCCCGCCGCCGUUCCUCUAUGGCACCCACUACUCGACGCCCGGCUACGUGCUCUUUUACCUCGUACGCAUGGCGCCCGAGUACAUGUUGUGCCUCCAAAAUGGCAAGUUUGACGCCGCGGACCGGCUCUUCAAGAGCAUCCAUGGCACGUGGCAAAGCUGCUUGAGCAACCACGCCGACUUGAAGGAGCUCAUCCCGGCCUUCUACGACGUCGACGCACCCCCCGAGUGGCUCUCAAACGUCAAGAACCUCGACUUGGGCACGACCCAGCAAUUGGAGCGUGUCGGUGACGUCGAGCUGCCGCCGUGGGCGCACUCGCCGCGCGAGUUUGUGGCCAAGCUCCGAGAGGCACUCGAGAGCGAGCAUGUCUCGGCCCAUCUGCACGAGUGGAUCGACCUCAUCUUUGGGUUCAAGCAGCAAGGCGACGCAGCGGUCGCCGCCAACAACCUCUUUUACUACCUGUCGUACGAGGGGGCGGUCAACCUCGAGACGAUUUCGGAUCCCAUUGAAAAGUGCUCGUUCGAAGCGCAGAUCCAAGAGUUUGGCCAAACGCCCAAGCUUCUCUUUCUCUCGCCACACCCAAGCCGCGCGGACGUGGCUGCCGCCGCGACCCUCGAGCUCGCGCCGUCCGAGCCCGUCGUCCACGCUGCACCGAUCGUCCCGUCGGCGUCCGCACCGCCCGUGCCGUCGCCGGUACCGUCGCCCGACAAGGAAGCAUCGUCGACGCCAACGUCGGCGCGUCGAAGCGUCUUUGGCUUCGCGCGACCGACGCUGAGCCUCAACGGCAUCAAAGCGAGCUUGCGUCGUCGCCUCGAGCGCAAAAACUGGGGCUGGACCUUUGACAGCCAGAGCCCCGCGAGCGGUAGCAUGUGGGAAGAGUCGCUGCCCCACUACUUUCACUCGCAAGCGCUCACGGCGUGUGUGCUCUCCAAGGACGGCAAGUACGCCUUCUCCACGGCCCGCGACGGCACGUUCAAGCUCUCGGCCACGUCGGACGGCUCGGUGCGUCGUAGCUACACCUGCGGCGGCGCGGCGGUCGCGUGCGACGUGUCGCCGGACGAGAAAUUUGUGUUUUUCGCAGCUCUGGAUGCGUGCGUGUACAUGGUCGCGCUCGAGACUGGCCGCGUCGGGAAGCUGCCGGCCGGUGCCGCCGUCGUCGGGCUCGCGGUCCUCGAUGACGCGCGCUUCGUCACGGCCGACGUCGCCGGGGCCGUCAAGCUCUGGCAGUAUGGGCCGACGGGCAUGCUCUCGACGCCAGUGGCCGUCAUGGACGACGCCGGCGCGCCCAUCACGUGCUUGGACGUCAACUCGGACGGCUCCGUGGCCGUCGUGGGCACAGCGACCGGUGUCGUAUGCCUCUUGGACUUGCGCUCGACUGCAUGUGUUGCCAGCGUCGCGACGGGCGCGGACCGUGUUGUGGCCGUGAGCUUUGGCAUGGCCGGUACGCACUUCGUGUGCGCGACCGACGAGAGCGAGCUGCUCGUUGUCUCGACCGACGGUGUUGAGCAGGCGCGGCUGCGGCUUCCAGACGACGCCAACGUCCAGUGCAUGGUCUCGGACGGGACGUACGCGAUCACGGGCGCGUCCAACGGCGGCCUCUACAUUUGGCAGCUCCAGACCGAGAGCAUGGAGCUCGAAAAAAAGUGCAUCGUGUCGAUCGGCCAUGGCAAGAAGCGACCGGUGACCACGAUCACGGUCAGCUCCAACGGCCAGACCAUCGUCGCCGGCGCCGAAGACGGCUCGAUGCGUCUCUGGUCCAUGAAGAAGAAGGCGACGCGCGGCCGGCUCGGGUACUUUUCCUAAGCCUACAGAGGAUCGGGUAAAGGCUGCAACCUACUACGUUCAACGUUCAAUGGG